UGGAGCCGCCCCACCUGGGCAGCGGGCCCCGCCCCCGACUCCUCCUCCCGCCCCGGGCUGCGCGCCGGCACCUGCCGCGCUCGGCUCUGCUCCGCUCCGCCGCGGGAUGAGCGCGGCGCUGCAGCCGCCCGUGCGGGGAGCCGGCGGGAUGGAGCCGCUGCCGCUGGCCCUGGGGCUGGCCGCGCUGCUGGGUCUCUCUUCGGCGCUACUGGAAGUCAGAGUGGGACAAGCCUCUAUCUCUACGAUCCAAGGGCAGAGGGUGGUGUUGCCGAUCUGGUACACGAGCACCUCUCAGAGGAGUCCCUAUGUCUCGUGGGUCCUUGAGAGACCUGGAGCCAAUCGUUUGCAGAUACUGACGUACAUGGACGGGACGGUGAAAGUGCAGGAGACAUACCUGAAGAACCGGACUGGCUUUGCGCACCCCAUGCCUUCCUUCAAUAUUUCCAUUGCCAUUAACAACACCCAGGAAAUGGAUUCUGGCGAAUACAUGUGCACGGUCAACAUUCUGGACGAAGAUGCCAUCAACGGAAAAAAUAUUGGACUCAUCAACCUCACUGUUCUGGUUCCUCCAUCCCCCCCGACGUGCCAGAUCCAGGGGAAACCCUACCUUGGGGGCAACGUCACCAUGAGCUGCAAGUCAUCCUUCAGCAAGCCCAGCCCCAAGUACAGCUGGCAGCGCACUGCCCCCAACACCCAGGUCUUCUUCGCACCAGCCCAAGACCUCACAAGAGGGACCCUGAUGCUAACCAAUCUCUCCAAGGAGAUGUCUGGGAUGUACGUCUGUACGGCAGCAAAUGUGGCCGGCAGCUCCAAGUGCAACGUCACCCUGGAGGUGAAUUCACCGCUCAGUGCAGCCGUGAUCGCUGGAGCCGUGGUGGGGUCUCUCAUUGGAGUCGGCUUAAUUAUCUUGUUUGUUCUCCAAAUGUUCGUCUAUCGAAAGAAAAAGAAAGACCCGCAGGAGGAAAUGGCCAAUGAGAUCAAGGAAGAUGCUGUUGCUCCAAAGACACCUUCUUGGGCUAAAAGUUCCGGUUCUGACAUUGUCUCCAAAAAUGGUACCUUGUCGUCCGUGCACACGACCCGGGACCACAAACUGUACCCGUCCAAGCCCGCGUCAGACACAGCCUCCAUCACCACCGCCGCCGGCAGCACAGUGGGCUACAAACCUCCCUGUAGCCACCCGAGGAGCAGAACCCUAACGCCCACUCCCAGCUUGUCCAGCCAGAGCCUGCCCCUCUAUUUCCCACCAGGAAUGAACGGCAGCCAUUACCCCAGCACUGUGCCAAGCAAUAGGAACACUCUGCACAGGACGAAUGGGGCACAGCCGCAGGCCCCCCGGCAGGAGCCCACUGUCCCUCAAGGGCUUACCACCUCUACCCUUACCAGAAUGGGUGCGGUGCCAGUCAUGGUGCCUGCCCAGAGCCAAGCAGGGUCCCUGGUGUAAGCGUCCAGCAGCUUGGGUGCCCUCUGUAUGCUGGAGUGGCUGGGGAAAUGGCUAUUAAUCCCAAGCAAAGCAGACUGGAAACAUAGCGACCAAGCCACCUCCAAGCUCCUGUGCAUCAGGGCUGAGCAUGUGAGGGGGAGCCGUGCGCACGGCAUCACGCACAGACUGCGGGAGCUUCCCAGGGACAGGCUUCCUCAGAUACGCACCCUGCCAGCUCCCGGGGUUAUCCUUCCAAACUCCUUCCAGCCCCGGCCCACUCCCCCGAGAGCUAGGAGCCAGCCCGGGUCCCCUCCCUGUGGGGAGGCUGCUAGCCAGCAGACUGUUUAUUGAAGGAAUGCCGCUGCUUUUGGUGUUGCUAGUUCCUGCCGUGGACUUCAGCCCCUGCCGCUUCUUGUAGGACAGGGGUUUUCAACCUUUUUUCAGCUGCCGACCCCGAACAAAUUUCGGAUGGAGGCGUGGCCCCUUUGGAAAUUCAAACGGUGUUCUGCGGAUAUAGAUGUUGGAACAAUUUGUACAGUGCGGGGGGCUGAGAGCCACUGAACCAAAGUGUAGCCCUGUAAAUGAUGGAAACCACUUCAAGCCAGGGGGUGCGGCAGCCCCCCUCGCCCCCGUAGCUCCAGCACCUAUGUCCACAGACUCCUCCCAUAGAAGUCGUAGACUGCAAAGGGCCCUGGGCUUGCGUGGUAACAACAGCACGUCCGGGGUUUGACCUGUAGGUGUGGGUAUUCACAUUCUUUUGGUUGGUCACAAAAACAGAAUGCCUUUUCUGGGGUCCGGAACCUUGUUUUCAUCGUUACCUUUCGCGAUAGUCUGUGGGCCCCCAGGGGGCCGCGGACCGCAGGUUGAAAACCACUGUUGUAGGAAAAGCCCUGCUGAGAUCAGAUGGUCUGAACCCAUCCCAGGGAUUUCAGCGUCAGGUAGAACUGGAACCUGUAGACACAGAGCUGUCCUUCCCUCGGGCUGGCGCAGGGCAGGGCAAGGCUGAGCUGACCCCAGUUUAGGCUGGGUUAUUUCCAGCCUGAGGGAGCCAUAACCACAGGGCUUGAAAGAUCCACUUGCUAGUUGGGGGGAGAUGGGACUGCGUGGCCAAUGGUGUCUGUGGGAUUUAAGCUUCUGCUUCUGCCCUUGUGGCUGGACAGGGACCUCCCGCAUGCGACCCCACAUGGUGACGCUUUGGUAGUGCUUGGAGGGAGUUUACCCGUGGCUGGCGAAUGGUAUCCAUGAGGGGCGCAGAGAGUGGCCAUCGGCCUGCACCUUGCUUGGAGCAGCAGCCAUGGGGCUGAAGCGAGUUGCUGGGGGAGAGGUGACCUAGUGGAGAGUCCCCUUGGGCUAUGGGGUCGGGGGGGAGAGAGUGCCCCUUCCCUGUCACCAGCCAGUGGAGGUGCAGGGCCUUGAGGGAGGGCUGUGUGGACUCAAGGGCUUUGCCCUCCAGUCUUGCUGUGAAGACCUGCCCUCAUUCUGGGUCUCCCCGGGCUUGUAUCUGCAGCCUGGUGGCUGGUAGGUGUCGGGCUCUGCUUGCCCGGACUGACACCAUAGACCUGUUCUGCCUAGGCCAAGGGACCCUGCCCCAUCCCAUCGCCUGCUCUCUGAGUCCUCCAGAGCCGCCGGUUCCUGGUGUUGGGAGGCAGGCCGGAGUCUCCCCUGGGGUCUGUUCUCCUCCGCUGGGACUCUCAGUGGAGCUGCACUUUGUAAAGAUCCCCCAGGCUCCUGAACCCGAGGCCCGGCCCUGCCCUGGGUAACGGGGCCUCUGCGGCUUCCCUUCAGGAGAUGGUUGUGAGCAUGUGCUAUUCACCUGCGUGUAACACUCUAGAAUAACCUUAUAGCCUAAUAUCCUAACAACUGAUUUCUAAGGACGCCUUCAGCAUUUGAAAUCAUACUGUGCAAUUAUUAUUUUGAUUUAUUCAAUGGACUUCUUAAAUCUUGUGUAUUCGCUUUAUUUUUUGAUAACAUAAUUUAUUCCUGUAGAUACUAACCACUCUUCCAGCCUGGACCCUCUAAUCCGUCUCAUGCUGGCUGUUUCUAGAUGUCCAUCAGGCCCUUCUGUUGGGUGCGAUGGGGAGGCACUGAACGAUUAUUUUUCUGUACAAUUUCAAAAUGUAAUAUUUUUCAUAAGUGAUCAUUAAAAGUGUUCCUGUUUUUGUAUUUAAAA